ACUCAAGCACUUAACUUAAGUACAAUUUUGAGGUAAUUGUACUUGAAUAUUUAAUUUGUUUUGCUAUUUUGUACUUAUAGUCAACUAUGAUUCAGAAGGUUUAUUGAAUACCUUUAGUUAGUUUGCAGAUUUGCAUUAAUGAUUUGAAAUAUAAACACCACUUAAAUAAGACUUAGUUACACCUGGAGUUUUACCUUUGGUAAUUUAAGUAUAUUUAGAUGCUUAUUAUUAUACUUUUACUUGAGUAACAGUUUGAAUGCAGGACUUUUACUUAUAACAGAGUAGCUACUCAUACCCUCUGAUACUUUUUUUACUCAUUAACCCACCAUUGCUUUUGGGUGUUGAGUCACCAUGGCAACAGCAACAGACGCGAUACUUCGUCGCUGUAGUUAGCUUUAUCAAAGUAACACCAGCUAACCUACUUUUUAUUUAGUUACGAAGCUAACCUCAAUUUAACGGUUUAGCUAUUUUAACUUUCUCAAAUAUAGUAGGUCCACUAGUUUAGCUCAAGCCGUCAGUUGUUCAUUGUCUAAACUCAGUGCAGUUGGACUUAGUUAAACGCCUGUUAUCUAGCAACCGAUCAGCUGCACUGACACGUUACAUAUUGUUAAAAAAACAAGAUACAUUUGCAAGGAUGUCUGAAGCAGAUGAAGAUGCAGUCCUUUCAGAUGGAGAUGGAGAGGAAGAAACGCACCAAGGAGCCGGAGAAGACGAGAAGGUACAGCUUUGCCCUUUGACAAAAGAAACCAUAAGUGAGGGGCUCUCAUUGCUUUGCCGAACAGGAAAUGGACUUGGACAUGCAUUCGUCAAAGUGGACCUAACAGACAAAGGACUGAGUGACAUUGCUUCAAUCAAAACUUUUAUCCACCUACGUUUUGUGGAUGUAUCCAACAACCAGCUGACUGAUCUUUCUCAUCUGGCAUCUUUGACCCAGCUUCUCUGGCUGAAGGUUGACAAUAAUGCUGUUGCAAGCUUCAAAGGGCAACCUUUUGCUCAGAUGACCUACCUGCAGUGGCUGAGUAUGGCAGGGAACCGAAUAACUGAACUGGAUGGCCUGGUUGGUCCUGCCUUGGAAAGCCUCAAUCUUACAGGUAAUGGCAUUCAGAGAGUGAAUGGUCUUCAGAGUGGCUGUUUUACCAACUUGGUAACUUUGGAGCUGAGGGGAAACCAGUUAGAUACCACUGAUGGCAUUAACCUUCCCAACCUGCGGCAAUUAUAUCUGGCCCAAAAUGUUAUCAAGCAUCUGGAGGGUUUAGAGAGGUUAGAGCGCCUCACCAUACUUCACCUUCGAGACAACCAGCUAGAUACUCUGGAUGGCCUCAGUCCCAACAUGAAGUGUCUCCAAUACCUCAAUGUAAGAGGCAAUGCAAUAUUAGAAGAGAAUGCCCUGAAAAGCCUCGCACUUGUGUCCAAAACUCUGCGAGCUUUGGUCCUUACUGAUAAUCCUCUGGUGGAAAUGACAGAGUACAGAUUGAGUGUACUGAUUCUCCUGCCACUGCUGGAGCGACUUGACAAAGAUCCUGUCUCCCCCGAGGAGAUGUCUGAGGCCCAGGAGAGAAUCAAGGAACUGGAAGAGGAAAUGUUUGAGCCAUAAGUUUGCUAUGAGGAAGUGUUUUACCUUGAAAACACUGGGUUAGUGUUUGUAGGUGGGUGUGUUCAAAUGUAUUGUAGUAUACUGUACAUUUUGAGUGUCUUGUAUUUGUAUCUGUACACGUGGAGACUACAUUAUGUAUGCUUUUGUCAUGUUCUAAUGAUAUUAC